CAUUUAGCAGAAUUUUGCCAUGACCUUACGGUCCCCCUGGCUAGGCCUACGUUCGAGGCCGCGCCGAGGUGCAGUAUCUGAAAACUGAUGGUGUUCUUGACCUGUCAUCAAACAGAUUUGGAAGUCUUCCAGAUGGGUUAUCACAAUUGCUGGAUCUUCACACUCUCAAUGCAUCUAACAACUGCCUUGUUGUUUUCCCAGCAACUUUAGUUUCCAGCCUUCCAAAGUUAACGAGCUUAAAUCUUCAGAAUAACAGUAUUACAGACGUGUUCCUACAACCAUUCUGAGAUUAUAUGCGAUGGCAUCUUUAAAGCUUGCUCAGCAUCAUGAGGGUUCACCCAAUGCUCCCAGUAAGGGCAUUGAUACGGCUUUUAAUGGGGAACAAAACUUAAAGACUGGAGGCUCAGGCCAGUGUGAUGCAAAUACUCAACAUGUGACAGAUGUCAGUGGUGAUGUUGCCCCAAAUGAGGCAGACAGUCAGCAUUUUGGUAUUGGCUCCUGGCAUCCCCAUUGCCUACAGAGACUGGUAAACCCGGUUGUGUUCGUUGUCCUCCUCUGUUUAUUUACCAUCUGUGAUGCCUUCUUUAGUGGAAUCCAAGUUGCUCUUCUAACUACUCUGGAGACCAGAUAUGGACUCUCUGCCUACCAAAUUGGAAUGGUUGUCACAAUAAAUAAAAUUGGUACAAUGCUUGGUCUGCCAGUAGCAGCAUACCUAGGUGGAAGACCUAAUACCCAUCGACCACGUUGGAUAGCAGCUAGCGCCUUCCUGAUGGCCUUUGGAAUGAUUGCCACAUGUAUCCCACAGUUUAUAUUUGAGCCAUAUCAAUACCAUCACAGUCAAUUUGAAGAUAUGACUGAAUCUGUUCUUUCAGAUGAUUAUGACCUUUGCAGUGCCAGCACUAAUUAUUCAUCAACAUCAUCAUAUGCAGAAUGUACAGAAAGCACUUCAUUGGACGAUGAAGCAGCCUACAUUAUAAUUCUGAUAAGUCAGUUUGUGGCAGGCGUUGGUUAUGCACCAACGAGGCCAUUGGGCAUAUCAUAUAUUGAUGAUAAUGUCAAACCAAACAGGGCUGGAUUUUACCUUGGAAUAGUGUCCAGCAUGUAUGGUAUUGGUGUUGUCCUUGGAUUUCUGGCCAGUUCAGCUGCUUCCCUGAUUUGGGUGGACUUCUAUCGUACCCAAACAACUCUAACCCAUACUGAUAAGGCAUGGGUAUCUGCUUGGUGGUUGUUGUUCAUCUUUGUAGCAUUUAUUCUUGUGCUCUCUGGGAUUCCAUUUCUUGGUUACCCAAAACAGCUGCCAAGGAAAUGGAGAAUUGCAAAUGAUGAUGUCGACAGUGCAGUACCUGAUGACAGCAAGAGCUCUGAACCCAUACUCAGUACACUGAAACUUGGUGGGAUUAAAGCUCUGUUGAAUUCCCUGCUCAGGGUUCUCACUAAUGGAUCCUACUUGCUGGCAUCAUUUGCAUUUGUAACCUCUGGAUUGAUCACAGGCCUACUUAGUUUCUUCCCAAAAUACAUUGAGUCACAGUUUGGCCUGCCAACUAGUCUUGUCAAUAUUCUUGUGGCCAUCAUGAUACCAGCCCUGGGUUUGGGUAGUAUCCUAGGUGGUUAUCUGUGCAGGCGAUGGAAACUACAGGUUGUUGGCCAGACCAAACUCUGCUUGGCUUGUGUCUGCACCGCUGCUGUAUUCCAGGUACUUCUCUUUGUGUUUGGAUGUGACAACCAAUCCAUAGCUGGCAUAAAUGAUGACUUCGGUGAAAACAGAGUAGCUAUUCCUAACUUGACAUCAUCCUGCAACAUGGACUGUAAUUGCAGACAUGACACAUUUCAGAUGGUGUGCUUCCAAGCUGAGCAAAUCACAUACAUGAGUCCAUGCUUUGCUGGGUGUACUCAGAAGUUUGACGCAGCGGACUCCAUGCAAUUUGUGAACUGUUCCUGUCUUCAUGUUGAUGACCUUUCAUCAUCCGAUGUUGUGCAAAAUGCCACCUCAGUCAGCAGUGUGUGGGCUGUAGUAAAGGGAGCAUGUGCAUAUCAGUGCAAUACACUCAUCCCAUUCGUCAUAUGUGUCAUCACCUUUGUCUUCAUUUUUUCAACUGAGGGGGCACCAUUGAUUUUGACUGUAGUAAGGAGUGUUGACACCAGGGAUAAGACGUUUGCCUAUGGUAUCACAAAGUGUCUCCAGUAUGUGAUUGGUGUGAUUCCAACACCAGUCAUAACAGGCAGUCUGAUUGACACCACCUGUAAGCUGUGGCAGAUUGAAUGUGGUUCUCGCCGUGCAUGCUGGAUCCAUGAUCUUGCUGGAUUUCGGCACACCAUGGCUGGCACUGGGUUACUUGUGCUGGUACUCCAGGCUAGUCUGCUCUCCCUGUGUUGGUAUUUUCUACGAAGGGGAGCCAGAUAUGAGACUGUUGCUCAAGUCCAGGUUGAUGGUCAUCUGUCAUCGGACAGGGAAAAUAUAGAGCUGGAAGGGAUUGAUCACUAGGUGUUAGCCAGAAUAGCCAGUACACUUGGAUCAAUAUCUUAAAUUUGAAAAACGAGGUAAUAACGACUGGAAUGUUACUUGGAAAAGGAACCAUGCCUAGUGUUCGAUUUUACCAUUGACAGUUGUACAGUAUAAUAUUGUAAACCCCGUAUGUGAACGGCUUUUGUGAAGAACCUAUGGGCUCCGAACAGGAACAGGAGAAGACGCUUUUUACCAGCUUGAGAGCCCUGUGGAUGGGGCACAUAUAGCGCACGUAUAGCAUGAAGUAUGUAUGAGUUAUUUUUAUUCUGAACGUGCACAAAGCCAUAGCGUCUUCAUAGUGUCGGGCGUUGUCAUCAAUGCAUUCAAAUGUCUCUCCCAGUGGUCUCCCCCAACCACCCCUGUCUUGACGUGGGGGGGGGGGGGUACUUGUGCACGGAGUCUGUACAAGCUGACUGAGUAGAUCUCAUCACACCCACACAUAUUUGCUUAAAAUUGUAAUUGCUUACUUUCAGCCCCAAGCCUGCGGUGGUCAGCUGGCUGAUUCUGAUCUGAUAUGGGUCUUUCCUUGAAGUUGGGGAACGCUUUGUGACAUUUGGACAUAUUUGUAUAUUAUCAAUAAGGGGUUGCUCAGAGUAACCAGAUAUUAUCAACAAUGUUUGUUCUGGCUCCUGUGGUUGUUUAAGAAUGCUUUUGAGCAUUGGGACACUUUUCAGCAUAAUAUUCUAAAGUAAAACAGUGUAACGAUGUAGCACGGACACCACAUAAUUUUUACCAUAUUUGAUUAGUAUUUGAAAGUGUUAUGUACACCUUUCCGGCCAAAUUAAUAUCUGAAAAUACAAUAGAUCUUUACAAACUUGUAUUAUGGAAAUUUAAAUGAAAGUUUCAAAGUGCUAUUCCAAUAAAUCUGCUGUCUGAUGCUAAAUCUCACACUCAUUUAAAAGAAAUAUACAACAUUUGCUUUUGCUUUAAUUUUCAGAAAUGAAUGGAUUUUUGGGGUUAGUAUUUUAUAGCAAAUAUUGUUACACUGACCUCUUUAAAGUUUUGUGUUCGCAGAUGCUGGAAAAACCAAGAAAAUUGUCUUCUUGUAGUCUGGUUCCCUGACCCCACUUCAGAUGAAACAAGCAAUUUAUAGUUGUUGGGGAUUUGUAAGGUAAGGGAACCAGUCUAGCUGGCUUGUACCCAUGCACAGAUGUGUAACCGAUUAAUUUGGUAAAUUGGAGUCAGUAUUGAAAAAAACAAACCACUUUUUCCCAAAAACGGUAGGACGACCGUCGUUGGAAAUUAAUACAAAAUUCCACCUGAGUUCUUAAAAAUGUCAGCACACAAGGUGCCAUGAUUUUACAGGAUGCUUUAGACUGUCAUUGCCUAACUGUUCAGUAAGGUAUUUUAUAAUAACUUUGUAGGUUUUUUUUAUGUUUGCAAAUGUUGUAUAUUGCCUUUAAAUUGUAUUAAAAUUAACUGAUUUCUUGGGAUAGCACUAAGACUGAACACUGAAUUUUCGAAAUACAUGUUAGGAAAAGUCGGUAGUGAUCGCAAACCCAUUUUCCUUGAAAGUAAAAAUAUCAUGCUGGAAAACACCCAAAUGCUAUGAAACUUUCGUAUCCCUCGGAUAGUUCAGUUAUUCCUAUUAUUUAAUGAGUAUGUUAAGAGUUUUACUGUGGACUCUGUAAUUAGUUAUAAACAAACCCUGUGGGGUCUCUGUAGACCACUAGCAGGAUGCUGCACUUCGCUCAGCACCUGCUAGCUGGGUGGAGUCAUGUACUAAUGUAUUACUUUGACCUCAAUUUGCAUGUUGACCCCCAAGUGGGCGUGGUAAACCUUGCUGAAGCAAUUUUGCCUCAUUUUUCAUCAAUGUUAUGUGUUGCAUAAUAGCAAAAUAUAUGUUUUUGGAGUGUUUACAUAGAGAUUAUGUAAUAUUGAACUACUCAAAGUCUGAAGGAAACAAAUUUGCCAAAAAAUCCAACAAAACAAAUAAAUCACAUGUAGGUUCAUUAAUUUUGACGUGCGUGUCUGUAAAUUCAAAGAACCUAGAACAACCUUGAAUAGGAGCCAAAUUAUUACAGAUUGUUUAGUUUUGAAACGCUUGAAUUUCUUGCACAAACAAUCGGAAAUUACUAAUUAGUCACUUCCACAUUGAAUUAUGAACAUUGUACAUGGUACAACAAUUAUUUUGUUAUUAUUUUAUUUGUCAUUUAAGCAACCAAACCACGAACAGAAUCAAUGCAUUGCAUAAACUACAGCCAGGGAUAUGUGCCAGGAAAAUAAACAAUUGAAUAAACUGCAACAUGAGGGUAUUAAACCUUAUUUAUACAAGAUGCAAAUUAAGAAAGUAAAAGGUUAAUGCUACCAGAAGAAGAGUACAUUGCAUGUUAUCCCACCAAAGAGUAAAUGAAGCAACACACGGAAAUAGACAACAAAUCUACAUGAAAUGGCCUGAUGGACAGCCUGAUCACCUUAGAAUCUUUUGAUUUGUGUAGCUUAUACAAUUUUAUCAACUUCCUCUUAAGUAUCCUGACUUUGGCGGAAGACUUUUCCCUUUUAUGUUUAGACUUACAAUGUAAGUUGCACAUUCCAUAGUCAGUAAAUCUCCGUUUGGUCUGCACUAAGUGAUAAAGAGGUGGCACAUUUCACUCCUGUGUACAUGUAUUUUAGUAUAAUCAAAACUGAAAUGCAAUCUUUGCUCAAGAUUUUGGUUUCUCCGUUUGCUUUAUCCAAACAAAAAAAACAUUAUUUUCCGAUUUUCUUGCCUCGUUCCAUUUAUUUUUGAUAAGCUGGUCUAAUUCCAUUGUCUGUUCAGUCUGUUUUUGUUUGUUUUUUACUUGCAUUUAUAUAGGCCUAUACAUGCAUUUUCAAAAUGAAAGAAAAACAAGUU